CAGAGUAAAAUUACGACUAUUCAAUGAAACCACUUGCGAGUACCAAAUUGAAAUUUCCUAGCCGUGUUAGAACUCGAACGUAAUCGUGUAAAAAUAGUAGUACUAUUAUACAAUUCCGCCCCAAUGUGCUCGUCCUAUAUAAAAACCACAUCUCUAGCGCCAAUUCUCUCUCCUCUCUUCUCUCUCCUCUUCGCUCGCUUUGCUGUAUCUGUGGUAGUAUGGUACUGUGUUUUUCGACAGGCGACGAUGCAGGUCAGUGACAGGUUUAAUAUCAAUUCCCAGCUUGAGCAUCUGCAAGCUAAAUAUGUUGGAACUGGGCAUGCAGAUUUGCAUAGAUUUGAAUGGGCUGUGAACAUCCAGCGGGACAGCUAUGCUUCAUAUGUUGGACACUAUCCUAUGCUAGCCUAUUUUGCCGUUGCAGAAAAUGAAUCUAUUGGAAGAGAACGCUACAACUUUAUGCAGAAAAUGCUUUUGCCGUGCGGUCCUCCCCCCGAAAGAGAAGACGAUUAGGAGAUGUCUUCAAGUGGUGUAAAAACCUUCCAAAUUCCGUGUUUACAGGCAGGGGGAUGCUUUGUUCACGACACUUUGGGAUGUCAAAUUUUUUUUUUUCUCACUUCUAUGUUUGUAAUGUGCAACUCAAGAAUUGAGAUCCACUUGACCUGUUUGUGACU